AUGCCGCGGCCGGGUUCUGCGCCCCGCUGGGCGGCCGCCGCGGGCCGUUGGGGCUGCCGGCUGCUCGUGAUGCUGCUGCUGCUGCUGCUCGUCCCGGGACCCGGCGGCGCCUCCGAGAUCACCUUCGAGCUGCCCGACAACGCCAAGCAGUGUUUCUACGAGGACAUCACGCAAGGCACCAAGUGCACCCUGGAGUUCCAGGUGAUUACUGGUGGUCACUAUGAUGUAGAUUGUCGAUUGGAAGAUCCUGAUGGUAAUGUGUUAUACAAGGAGAUGAAGAAACAGUACGACAGUUUUACUUUCAUAGCCUCCAAAAAUGGGACAUACAAAUUUUGCUUCAGCAAUGAAUUUUCCACUUUCACACAUAAAACCGUAUAUUUUGAUUUUCAAGUUGGAGAAGACCCCCCUUUGUUUCCUAGUGAGAACCGAGUUAGUGCUCUUACCCAGAUGGAAUCUGCCUGUGUUUCAAUUCAUGAAGCUCUGAAGUCUGUCAUUGACUAUCAGACCCAUUUCCGCUUGAGAGAAGCUCAAGGCCGAAGCCGAGCAGAGGAUUUAAAUACAAGAGUAGCCUAUUGGUCAGUAGGAGAAGCCCUCAUUCUUCUGGUGGUUAGCAUAGGGCAGGUAUUUCUUCUGAAAAGCUUUUUCUCAGAUAAAAGAACCACCACAACUCGUGUUGGAUCAUAA